AUGGGCCCCAAGAAGAAGGCUGACGCCCGUGGAGGCCCCAAACCGGGGACCAAGCAAGCCAAAGCGGCUGCUGAGCGAUCCGCAGAAACAGCGAAAGUGCCUCCAACGGAGGAGCAGAAGAAACCGUCUGUGAAGCAGGUCAUUGGCGGUGCAUCAUGGACGGGCAAGUUGCCAGUCAAUAUGCUCUCCGAACACUGUCAAAAGCAGAAAUGGGAGAAGCCGGAGUAUACGAUGCAGGCCAAAACUCCAGAAGGAUACAUGUCAUCUGUCAUAUUGAAGCGAGUUGACCCCAAAACCCGAGAAACGACUACACUCCCUCCCAUGCGACCGCCUCCAUCUCACAAGCAUCUGGCCGUACAGGCUACCGCGUUGGAGGCCCGCCAUUUCGCUGCAGUGUAUGCCUUAUUCCGCGUGUGCAAUAUGAAGAAUCUUCAUAUGAUGCUCCCGCCCACCUACAAGAAACUUUGGAAAGAAGACUUCGCCGCCAUAAAGACUGCAGAUACCAAAGAGGGCAAAGGAUGGAUGUAUGAGGCCGAUCCCUUCUUGGCCAAACAGGAACGAGAGAGUGCAGCCGCCGACUUGGAGAAGAAACGAAAAGAGAAAGAAAAGAACCAGGCAAAAGCGACGAAUAACAACUUGGUAGAUUUAGGGUUACGCUCGAGUGAUAAUAAUAAAGGCAAGAGGCUAUGGUCGCAAGCCCCGAAAGUCGACUUGGGAAGUAAAGUCCGCCGCGAGAUCGAGGGAUUACUCCGCCAGCACGCCAUUUGGAAUCCCUACAAUGUGCAAAUCGCGGAAGGUGAGCGUCGAGCUAUUAUCGAAGAGUUCGCCCGCUUGGGGUUCCGGCGCAGCCACGUAGAAGAGGCUGCGGCCACAUGCAAAGACCGGGAAGAAGUUCUUGAAUGGCUUCUUAUAUACGUUCCGGAAGAUGACCUGCCUCCCUGGUGUCUGCCGGAGAAGUAUAUGGCAGGCGUGAGUUUAGCGACCGAUGACCUUGCAAGGGAAGCGAAGAUAAAACGACUUGCCUCUGUCGGCUAUCCUACUGAUCUUUGCUCGCGCACGCUAGACAGCAAGCAAGGCGAUGAGCUGGCAGCUGCGGAGUUCCUGCAGCGAACUUUGGUGCACGGCGAAACGGCCCCUGCUGACUUCUCAUCACCAGAGGAUGAGGAUUUCUGGACCGAGGAACAAGAGACCUUGGAGGCCAUCUUCGGGGAGCGAUACCGUCGGAUAUCGUCCAAGGUUUGCGAGAUCAAGGGUGAAUCUCCCAUGGAAAAUAUAUCGUUUCGCUUUCAAAAGCCUUCUGGCCAUUACCCAUCGUCAGUGCCAGUCGUUUCAAUCCAGGCCAACGAUAUUCCUGCCUACAUACGCCUGAGUGUUAUUCGUCAGACAGUGCAAUACUCAGAGAAAAAUUUCUCGGGCGAGCUGAUGAUAUAUAAUAUACUAGACUGGCUUGAAGUCCAUCUACCAGCGAUCAUUGAAAAUCCAGGCAGGCUACGCGACAUCUCUACGGUCACAGCAGCGCCGUCUGCAACAGCAACUGCUGUAGAACUACCUACACGCCAGUCGCACAAGAAGACAAAGACUAUUACAUGGCAGUCAGGCUCCCCUCAGAGCCUUUCUAUUCGCGAGGCAUGGGAGGCUAGACAGUCGACUAAAGCCCAGCAGGAAAUGACACGGAAGCGAGAAUCGCUUCCAGCCUGGAAUACCCAGGAGGCUAUCAUACGUGCUGUCAACUCGCAUCAAGUUACUAUUAUCUCCGGUGAGACAGGCAGUGGUAAAAGUACACAGUCAGUCCAGUUCAUGCUGGAUGAUAUGAUCAAGCGCGACUUGGGCGCUAUCGCGAAUAUCAUUUGCACGCAGCCCCGAAGGAUCUCUGCUUUAAGUCUUGCAGAUCGAGUCAGUGACGAGCGGUGCGCUUCCAUCGGUGAGGAAGUUGGAUACGUGAUCCGAGGUGACUCCAAGGUCAAACAGGGUGUGACCAAGGUUACUUUUGUUACAACCGGUGUCUUACUCCGUCGUAUACAAUCAAGCAGCGGUGCGGAUGGUAAUGUCGCAGCCUCUCUGGCCGACGUCACCCACGUUGUUGUGGAUGAGGUUCACGAGCGCAGUCUCGAUACUGACUUCUUGCUGGCUCUCUUGAGAGACAUUUGCCUUCAUCGCAAGGAUAUCAAGGUGAUUUUGAUGAGUGCCACCCUCGAUGCCGACAUAUUCAUCAACUAUUUUGGCGGCCGUGACUGUGUUGGACUGGUUAACAUCCCCGGACGGACCUUUCCGGUGAGCGACUAUUACCUGGAUGAUAUCGUUCGCGACAUUGGAUUUUCCCCAGAGUUGUCGGAACGGGAUUUAGACGAAGAUAUUGUCUCUACGACACAAACUGAAGAGUCGUUUGGCAAGAUGCUUCGUAGUGUCGGGAUGGGAAUCAACUACGAGCUAAUUGCGUCUACUGUCCGGUACAUCGACUCUCAACUUCAGGAUCAGCCGGGGGGUAUAUUGAUCUUCUUGCCCGGCACGAUGGAGAUUGACCGAUGCCUGAAUGCCGUGAAGAAUAUCCCCAAUGUCCAUCCGUUGCCGUUGCAUGCAUCUCUCCUGCCUAACGAGCAACGACGCAUCUUCCUGAGUCCUCCAAGGGGGAAGCGGAAGGUGAUUGCAGCAACCAAUGUUGCCGAGACUUCCAUCACAAUCGAGGAUGUCGUUGCCGUGAUCGACACCGGCCGCGUCAAGGAAACGAGCUACGAUCCUAAGGACAACAUGGUUCGGCUGCAAGAAGUGUGGGCAUCCCAAGCCGCCUGCAAACAACGCCGAGGACGUGCCGGUCGAGUCCGGGCUGGAUUGUGCUACAAACUUUACACGCGCAAGGCAGAAGCAAGCAUGGCACCCCGUCCAGACCCCGAGAUUCGCCGCGUACCUUUGGAGCAACUGUGUCUCUCAGUCAAAUCCAUGCAGGGAGUCGACGACGUCGCCGCCUUCCUGGCAAACACUAUCACGCCACCGGAAAGUGUCGCCGUCGAAGGUGCCCUGAGCUUCCUGCACAGAGUGGGUGCCCUGGACCACGACAGGAUGACAGCUCUGGGACGAUAUCUCUCCAUGAUCCCCGCCGAUCUCCGGUGCGCGAAGCUGAUGGUCUACGGAUCCAUCUUCAGCUGCAUCGACUCCUGCGUCACCAUCUCCGCCAUUCUCACCGUCAAGAGCCCUUUCAUCUCCCCGCGAGACCGCCGCGAGGAAGCCGAUUUCGCACGAUCCUCCUUCUCCAAGGGAGACGGGGACCUUCUCACUGACUUGUCCGCCUAUCAGCAAUGGUCCGAACGAGCCAAAUCCCAAGGCUACUGGCAGACACAAUCUUGGUGUAGCAGCAAUUUUCUCUCGCACCAAACCCUGCGCGACAUCUUAUCCAACAAGGCCCAAUUCCUCACCUCCCUAAAAGACGCCGGCCUCCUCCCAGUGGACUACUCAGACGUUCAUUCUACCACCGAUCCUCGCUGGAACCGCAACUCAGGCAACCGAGCUCUCCUGCGCGCCCUCGUCGCCGGCGCCUUCCAACCACAGAUCGCUCAGAUCUGCUUCCCCGACAAGAAAUUCGCCAGCUCCGUUACUGGAACCGUGGAGAUCGACCCGGACGCCCGAACAAUCAAAUACUUCAACCAGGAGAAUGGUCGCAUCUUUAUCCAUCCUAGUUCUCUCCUCUUCUCUGCUCAAGGGUACUCCGGAGCUGCCGCGUAUCUCAGCUAUUUCACCAAGAUGGCCACCAGUAAGGUGUUUAUCCGUGACUUGACCCCAUUCAACGCUUUCUCCCUCCUUCUAUUCUGCGGUUCCAUCGACCUCGACACCAUGGGUCGUGGACUCGUCGUCGACGGCUGGCUACGACUACGCGGAUGGGCUCGAAUCGGCGUCCUCAUCUCCCGACUCAGAAUGAUGCUCGAUGAGAUCAUUGCGUCGAAAAUCGACAAUCCCAAUACCAGCGUCACUGGUGCGUCAGAGUCCCUGGGCUCCGCUGGUAAUGACACGUCCGGUCAGGUGAUCGACGUGGUGAAAAAGUUGAUCGAAUUUAAUGGAUUGGAUAAAUAG